AUGCGUGCCUCAUGUAUUCAUACACCUGUCUUUGUCAUAUCUUUUAGAUGCGGUGGUGCCCUGGUAGCGCCGGAGUGGGUGAUAACCAGUGGACAUUGCUUGCACGAAGUGGAUCGGGCGUGUAUAGGCGGGACAGAUCUUCUACAACCGUCGCAGUUCAAAUGCGUGGCCCUUGAUGGUGAGUAUCUGCACGCAGACUACGACGCCGCCUCAUACAUGAACGAUCUAGCAUUCGUCCGACUGUCCACACCCGUGACCAACGAACCAGCAAAGCUCUCACUGGAAAGUGUCUAUGACUCACCGGGGGACUUUGGAGUGGUGGUGGGGUGGGGGGUGACAAGCACAGGCAUCGCGUCACACACUCUCAAACGGUUGGAUGUGGAGUGGUCGAAUCAGGUAGGGUUUAAGAUUUUGGGGAGUGGAAACCUCGAUUUUAGGGUUUAG